AAGGAUGUAUCUCCAGUUUUACAUCAAUGACAAUGGUGACAAAGUUUACACCACUAAGAAAGAGUCACCACUGGGUUUGGCCACACAAUCUGCUCACCCAGCCCGCUUUUCGCCUGAUGAUAAAUUUUCAAGGCAAAGAGUGCUUCUGAAGAAGCGUUUUGGUUUGCUUCCUACCCAAAAACCACCUCAAAAGUACUAGGCAUUUUUGGUGUCUAGUAUUCCUUUCUAGCUGUUAGCUUCCCUGUCUUGCCGUUGUUGACGUGAAUCAUUUUAAGUAAUAUGUUGCAACUCAGAUUGACUAUCGGCACUUCAAACCCGCAUGUAUUAUUGAUGUUUUAUUUUUAGCUUAUUUAUACUCUUUUAAAAUCA